AUGGUCCGAAUAGCAAAAACCAUGCAGCCGAAACAUGCAGAAUCAUUGUCUUCAUGGGCAAGAAAUUUUCGUGAUCGCGCCUGUUGUGUUCAACUUUCCGAGUUAACAGAAUUCCUUUCCACUUUUCCUACUAGAUGGCCCUUUCCAAGGGGUGAUUUGUACCACUGGAUCACUCUUUUAAACCGGUUUGACAGUAUCCUGGAACAAUUUUGCAAGAUGUACAAAUUAGAUGAAGGGCCACAAACAACUGAUUUUGGAACAAUUCUUCUCGAAACUGAAGGGUUAAGCAUAAAAUAUACGAAAACUCAAGACGCGGACAGACUGUUGAUUGAAUCGAUAUUGCAUUUUUCAAGAGUUCUUCUACAAAAUUGUGGAAAUCGUAGCAUAUAUGCUAGCAGUGCUCACUUAAAUAGUCUACUCAAUACCACAUCGCUUUCUCUUCUCGAAUUUACUCUUUCGUUGGGCUCGGAACUAGCCAAAAGAUAUCAGGCUGCAACCAAAAGAUUAUCUAUACAGACACGACAUAUAAAUAGCCCACUAUUGCAAAGCCAUUAUAAUAUCUCGCUUGAAAGAGUAACGCAAAUGGCAACACCGUUCUCCAAAACUGUAAGCAGUCCUAUCGACUUAGUACCGCAAAACACUCCCGCAACUCCAGGAUUAAAGGGAAAAGAAAAAGCUUCAGCUACUCCAAAUACAUCUCAAAAAGGUACUUCAACAACAGUUUAUGCCAACGACCUCGUGUCAAUUGUGAAAGGUGGGCACGGAUUUUCAUGCAUUCCGAAAAACACCUGGCCUGAAAUUGAGAAAGGAGCAUCGUUAUCAUCAGAAACUUCCUGGAACGAAUGGGGAGACGUUAAAAUUAUAUUCUAUCCUAAACUAAAACCCGAAUGUGAAGUUUCCAAUAACAUUCCUCAAAACUCUAACUCAUCACUCUUACUUACAACUCCAUCUCCUGUUCGUCGCUUUUCAAACUUAGGCCCGCGUGGUCAACGGUCUAGUAAACAAGUUGGCGCAGAUUUACCAACGGGUGGCUCGUCUAGCACACAAGUCAAUCAAUCUAACGAUGAAGCUACACGUCAGAGCUUCAAGGUGAUAGAAAUCAAUUAUGCAAAGCUUAAAUCUACGGACAUCCAUACCAUAUUACGCGAAAACUUAAAUGGCCUUCCACCGGAUCUCCAGUACGAACUCUUGGCAAAACUUCGUACAGCACGAGCGCUAACUGGAUCUCUUGAAACACGCCGCCAAAUUCUAGCCAUUAGGCUAUUGGCAAUAACAAAUCUUGCCUAUAUUUACGUUGAGGGCCCAUUUCAAGAAUUAGUUUUGAAACAGGAUAAUGAAGAACCUCGACGGCUACAACUAGUAUCACAACUUGCUGAACUCACCCAUCCUUCAGUGGACGGUGAGGUGAUUGUACCAAGAACCCUUCAAGCCCUGGCAUUUUCUGCACUCGACGCACUUCAAGGGCAGCAGAGUAAGUUAUCAGAUGUAUGCGCUGCUCUUAACACAAAUGUAAACCAUGGUGUUUUGCUCUAUGUAAUCAGAAAAGCAGUUGCCGAAAUGGAUUCCAAUGAUAGUGGCGAUCAGAUAACUAUUGAUGAUGAGUGGCGAGAUUCUUUGCUUUCUUUACUCUCGGGUAUCUCUAUCACAGGUCGAACUGCGGCAGAGCUAGUUAGCGCUGGGCUGAUUCAGAUAUUGGUUGAUAUUCUAAACAAGAGAACGAAUAUUGCGGAGCGGUAUUAUCCUACUGUUCUUACCUUCCUGGAUACCAUCAUGUAUAAUACUAGAGAUGCAUUCCAAACUCUAGUUAACUCUGAUGGCCUCGAUGCAAUCUCGAGCCUUAUUGUUCAUGAAGUAAGGACUGCUGCUGAGAAUGCAAGCUCGGACUUGAAGACUCAAACUGAAUUCAGGUCGUCAAUUGUUGAUUACGAGAUUCCAUUUUAUCAGCAACAGACACUAAAAUGGCUCUUCAAAUUUAUCCAUCAUUUAAUGACUGCUACUGGUGGAUUUGGAGGUAACUUUGAUCGUUUGCUAAGGAAUCUUAUUGACUCGCCUCCACUGCUCGCAAGUCUUCGACAGAUAAUAGGAAAUGCCUGUUGUUUCGGCUCAGUGGUGUGGACAAAUGCUGUCACGAUAUUAAAUGAUUUUAUCAACAAUGAGCCAACUAGUUUCGCUGUCAUUGCCGAGGCAGGGCUAAGUCGUGGGCUUCUUGAAGCAGUGACAUGCAAGACAAUACUCAUGCCCGAGGAAACAAAAAUAGGCGAAAACCAAACUGAGAUGGCUAGUUCAGCUAUGGAUGGUAGUUCACCAGCAGCACCUAACGAUGAUGAUAGUGAUGAGGAGGCCCCUUGUGUUGAGCGUUUAUCCAUCAAUGUGCUCCAAGCUCCCCGUGGUGAACCAUUGGCGAAAGGAAUAUUGCCUACAUCGGAAACAAUCAAUAUCGUUCCUCAGGCCUUUAGUGCUAUUUGUCUCAACACCACUGGUAUGAAAAUGUUUCAAGCUUCCAAGGCUCUUGAAACAUUUUUCGAAAUUUUUGAAAGCCCGGAACAUGUCAAAUGUAUGGACAUUCAUAAAGAACUACCUGCAACAUUGGGAUCAUCAUUUGACGAGCUUGCUCGUCAUCAUCCAUCUUUGAGAACUUCUAUCGUGACAGCAAUUCUAAAUAUGGUUGCACGUGUAGAGUAUCUAUGCUCGUCAAAGUCUAAAAAUAAUAUAGCUGGAGCCAAGCUCUUGAUUUCUAAAGAGGAAGCAAAUCUCGAUACUGCAACUCAUCAAGGUCAGCCACCAUUUCUGCCAAUCACGGAGAGUCACCAGGGUAAUUCGUGUGGGGGUACGGAUGUAGAAAUGCGGGACGCAGAAGCUGAAUCAAAAAGGCCUUCAGCUUCAGAGAUACCAGGUGCAUCUGCUACAUCAGAAACGAGCAUGACCCCAUAUAUAUGUGCUACCUUCAAUUUUCUAUCCGCUAUUUUGGCAAAUAAUCCGAUAUGUGCAGAGUUUUGUAGCGCUGGUGGCAUUGAAUAUGUUGUCAAUCUAUCUCAGUCGACAAGUUUAGAGUAUGAUUUCUGGGACAGUGCACUCAGCCUAACCGUUCAUCAAGUUGUAUCAAUGCUCGCAGAAUCAAAGCCGUAUUUAACAAUUCCUUCCCUACUAAAGCGAGCAACAGACGCAACAGAAAAACUGCGUCCAUUCGCCUUACAUGACGAUCAAAGAUCAUUUUUCGCCCCAUUUGUAAAUUCUGAUGCUCGAGACUCAGCUGAUACAGAAUUUCUCUUGAAAGGUACUGAGUACGCCAAAGCUUUGGUCUCAAUACAUUCUUUACUCUCCACCAUUCCAACAUGCCUUCAGCCAUCUCAAUACAACCAUCGAAAUAGCCCCAACAUUUUCAAUCAAAUCAAUGUGGCGGAUUGUUACAAUAAACUUAUUCGAAGCCUUGGUCCUUUAUUGAGCUCAUCCCUAAGUGAAGAUAUUAAGCUCCGGAAAUUAGUACCUGACCAUUGGAAGGAUGCAAUGCGGCCUAAGGGCUCCUCUGGUGAAGCUAUAACAAAUAGUGUAAUGCCUAGCACAAACGUCCCAAGCGAACAUUUAAAUGAAGCAAACUCCUUUAUUACACAAAGCUCUCUAGAUACAAGUUCCUCCUCAAAACUAUUACCUGGAAAUGCCAAAGAAGAUAAUAAGGAUAUCAGUAGCGCGAGUGAGCACGAAAAAGAUGGUCCAGAGUUUAAAAAUUAUGUAACCCUUCGGUUCCUCCUUAAGAAACUUCCUCGAAUAAUAUCUCCAUUUUUCCAGACCUUGGGACGAGCAUUAUUGCCGAAACGUACAUUAGAUGUAUUCCAGAAGCAGUGUCACUUUUCCAUUGCCGAGACCUUGGCAGCCACCGUGCUAGAACAGUUGAAGAUUGGCAAAGAUCCUGUAUCAGCGGAUAUAUAUACAAAUUGGCUUGGUAUGAUUGCUGUUAUACAUGAGUUACUUAUGGAGUCAUCUCGUCAAAGUGAUCGUCCUGUUCAGACAAUCACUGUUGUUGUCCAGGCUUUUAAAAAUUGCAAGGGAUUUCAGAAGUUAAACCAAAUCUUAGAAGUAUUUGCCACCGAGAUAUGCAGGAAGAAAUCUUCAACAGAAGACUCAGAGAAUUCUCUACGUCUAGAACUUGCAACGUCAGGAAUCACAAGUAUUCUGAGCCUGUAUGGUCAUCUAGUUAACGGCAAAAAUUUCAUCGAGGCGACCCAAACAACCGCUUUGAUCUGUAGAGCUGAGAGGGACCGAAGGGGGCUGGAACAAUUUUCUGCUUCACAGUUCCUCGUUGAGAUGAGGGCGAUGGUACUACCCACAAUCCGGCACUUAUGGUCCUCUGAUAUGUUCGUCAAUGGAUCCAGUCAAAUUUCAGAAAAACUUAUCUGUGUGAUCCGUACAAUUGCAACUGCUGAUUCAGAAGCAAAUGCACUAAAAAGGUCCGAUAAGCCACCGACUCCCAUGAAGCCAGUCCACAGAACCUUCAAGGCCAACCAAGAAUUUCUAACAACUUUAUCCAGCAAAGGUUUUGAAGAAGUAUUGGGGAUUGAAGCACUUUACAGGUGUAACAAUAACAUAACUUCUGCUCUUGAAUAUUGCCGUGAUCUGAAAGAUACUGACGAUCUAAGGCGUCGUAACCCUAUCCCAGAGGAUGAUAUUGAAAUUCCUGUUCAGCCUCAAAUAAUAGAGGGAACCAGUGCAAAAAGUCCCGAAAAUUCAUCCGUCACGGUAGCUGACCAUCUAAUGGAGCAAGUUCCGGUCUCCAGCAACACGGAUAAUUUUAACCAAGUUGAAGCCACAUCCCAGCAAUACGAUUCUGAAAAUUUUGAUCAACUCUUGAACUCCCUCAUCCCAAUUACCGAGCAAGAAGCAGAGGACGAUACAGAAUCCCCGCACACUACCACACAUCAGGAGCCAUUAGUAGCUGAACAGAUUACUUCUAUAAUAACUAUAGAUGACUUAAACGAGGAACGUGCUAUUAUUAGCGAUAAUUUAAUCGACAGAAGCCUUGAUAUAAUAAAUGCUCAUGGUGAGGUUACAUUUGAAGUAGCUGAUCUUAUUAUGACUGUUGUCGGAAAAUCAAAUGAACCUUCCACGCAGCGCAAAGCUAUUGGCGAGACUUUGGUUGUUGCAUUAAUGUCUUUUGCAGGUGAAGAAGAUCUUGGUAAAUGUGGCAAAAAAAUAGCUGCAUACGCUCAUCUUCUAGCGCUACUUCUGCGGGACAAGGCAUUUUACUCUGCAGCAGUGGGGGAAUUAAAAGAAAACUUCGGCACACUUCUUUUAUUCAUCAAGCUAUCCCCUAAAAAUACGUUUGAAGAACCGUCACCAUGGAUCUCACAAGUACUCCUAAUCAUCGAGAUGUUACUUAGCGAGGAUGCUAAGCCACAAAAAACCAGUUGGACACCACCGAAGGAUGAAAAUUCAAUCAUGGAAAUUCCUGUAGCAGAAGUCAAAGAGAUUGCAUUUUCACAUGAGGAUCGAAUACAGCUCCUCGAGGCAAUCCUUGAAAUACUUCCUCGUAUUGGCAAAGAUGAACCCAUGGCUCUAUCGGUUUUGCGAGUCUUAGUUAUCCUCACACGGAGCCGGGAAAUGGCCCAGACCAUGGGUGAAAAAAAAAAUAUACAGCGUUUAUUCGUUAUGGCUAAACAGCUUGCCGGGGCUAGCUCUGCCCGGAUUCAGAGCCCUCUGAUGCUCAUAUUAAGACAUAUCAUCGAAGAUAAUGAGACAGUCAAGCAAAUUAUGAAGGUGGAGAUCAGAGCUUCUCUCGAACCUUCUCGCUCACAGCGGAACAUGGAUGAGAAGACCUAUCUCAGAGCUUUAGCACACACAGCAUUGCGAAACCCGGAAUUGUUUGUCCAGGUUACUAACGAGAUGGUUAAGUUUAAUCGCUGGCCCUACCCUACUUCAGAGCCGCCAAAUCGCCAUCAUACGUUAGUGUUAAAGGAAACCUCGACUGAAGCGCCCCAAAUACCUCCUAUCGAUACAGUUCUACCCACUGUUCAAGCAACCGAAGACUUAUCUAUACAGGACCUCAAGCCUUCUAUGGAAGCUGCUGAUAGCGAAAUGCCCGAUGUCAAUAAAUCUUCACACGAUCAAAAAUUGCCCAUCGUUGAGAAUCCAGACGGUGUAAUACAUUUCUUACUCUGCGAGUUGAUGAACUACAGAGAUGUAGAGGACAAAGAAAAUACUUUAAUUCCUGCGUCUUCCGUCGAGAAGGAAAAUUUAAUGGAUAAUGGAGACACCUCUAUGGGCGGUACUUCGAACCUUGCUUCAAUACCCUCGAGUAAAGAUCAGAAGUCAUUUAACGGUGCCACCAAACUAGAAUUUAAAGCAGAAGAGCACCCCAUAUAUAUCUACCGAUGUUUUAUUUUGCAGUGUCUUACGGAGUUACUGAGCUCUUAUAAUCGUACCAAGGUGGAAUUUAUCAAUUUUAAGCGUAGUGCUCCACCACAAGCAAUGACUCCUUCUAAACCGCGAUCAAGUGUCGUUAAUUAUUUGCUUUUUGACCUCAUUCCGAUAGGAACCUUGGACCAUGCUGACAGUACUUUUUUGCGAAAGAGAGUCGUUACUUCAUCAUGGGCUGACUCUGUCAUUACUGCUCUCUUGAGUAAGACUAGCGAACAGCCGAUUGACAAGUCCCGUGACCCCUAUGGCAGCGAAGUUGAGCCCGAUCUUCUCUUUGUUCGUCGCUUUGUACUGGAGAAUAUUCUGAAAGCCUUUAAGGAAGCAAGCUCAUCACAGGAACCUCUAGAUGCUAAGUAUUCCCGUAUGCUUGGGCUUGCUGACUUGAUGAGUCAUAUAAUGCAAGGAAAAGAGAAUAUAGUCACCUCCGAUCAGGCCGUUGCGUCCACGUCUCAGAAACAACUUCGACGCAUUAUGUUCGAGAAAGGAUACAUUUCGGCCCUCACAACAUCGAUUGCUGAAAUUGAUCUCAACUUUCCUGGCGCUAAACGUGCCGUAAAAUAUAUUCUCAGACCCUUGAAAACGUUGACCACUGCGGCUGUUAGUCUGAGUGAUCUCUCUCUUAUUUCGACGACUCCCGGACAAGGUGACGAAGAUGAAAUAGAAUCAGCCACUUCUAUGUCUGAGCAGGAAGACGAACGGGAAGAGACUCCUGACUUGUUCCGAAAUUCAACUUUGGGAAUGUUCGAACAUGGAAACGGAGAUUCAGAAUCUGAGUCUGAUGACGAUGAAGAUGAAGAAAUGGGUGUUCCUUAUGAUGAGUACGUUGAUGAAAUGGAUUAUGACGAUGGAGAUAUGGAUGAAGAUGAUGAAGACAACAUUAGUGAAGAGGAUGAAAUUGAGGGAAUCGGUCCAAUAGAGGGUCUAUCUGGCGAUCACGGAGUUGAAGUUGAAGUUAUUAUGGAUGAUCAUGACGACGAUGAUGACUCAAGCGCUAAUGAUGAUGAUGAUGAUGAUGAGCCGGACUCUGACGAUAUUGAUGAUGAAGAUGACGAUCAUCGUGUCGAAAUUAUUGAGGAGCUUGAAGACAUACAGCAACUUGACGACGACGAUGAGCUAGCAGGUGAAUGGGAAAGCGAUGGUCAGGAAGACGACGAAGAAGGGGAUGUUUACGGGGGUCAAUAUGACGACCAAGAACAACCUACAACAAUUGGGAUUGGAACGAUGGGCCAUCUAGUUCGAGCUCUCGGCGAUGAUCCGGCCACCAUAGAAAUACUCGGUCGUAUGGCUGAAGGUGAGGAACACGAUGAUGAACAUGCCGUUGAAUAUGGUGAUGGAGGCGAUGACGAUGAUGAUGAUGACGUCGAUGAAAAUGAAGACGGUAUAUACGAUAUUCAAUAUCCAAUGGAAAAUACAGGUGGAAAUGUUUCAUUCGGAUGGCCAAAUGAUAUUGAAGCAUCUAUGUCUGCUCGUCAUAGGCCUCGUGGCGGCUUUUCCCCAUUCCCUUCCUUUGCGGGUAAUGCACGUGAUACACUGGCAGUUCCCAAUAUAUCAUAUCGCUCACAUAGACCUGGUGGUCCCAUUCCACGAACAGCUGAUGACGGCGUCAAUCCUCUACUUCAAAGAAAUCGCUCAGAUAGCAGAUCAGUUACCGGCCGUACACCCCUGAUUGGAACACUAAUUCCAGCAAUCCGAGGAGCAUCAGGCAGUGAGGCACUGGAUAUUGGGUUUGCUAGUAGAGGAGGGCCUAUUGGUGACGGACAUGCUACUGCCCAGUUUUUGGAAGAUGUCAUUCGAACUUUACCUCUACCAGGACAUUUUGGCCGCAAUGGUCAGGCCCUCCAGUUUCACAUAACAACUUCUGGUCCAGGUGGGCUUCAACUUCCAUCCGAACUUGAAGCUUUCUUUGGUGGCCGUCACAGUCGUUUUGAAGAAAGAAGACCUGCACCCGAGCCUGGAAAUGCAACCAUUUUCUCACCACAGUCAACUGCUGCGAGAUGGUCUGAAGAAUCGAAAAUUUUAUUCGGCUGUUCUUGGAUAGAAAGGGCUGCUGAUUUAUCUGGCACUCUACUAUAUCUACUUGUACCGCCUGCAAUUGAAGCAGAUAAGGCAAUAGAGGCCGCUCGUCUUGAGAAAUCUAGAAAAGAAAAGCUGGAAGCUGAACGAAUAGCUGAAGAAGAGCGCAUGGCAGCGGAACUAAAGAAUGCCGAAAGGGCUGCUAGAGAAAAGAGAGAAGAAGAAGAGAGAGAAGUUGAGAGAACUGCAGCGCAAGUGCAUACGGCACGAGAUUUAGAGUCCGAAGCACAACCUGAAAUUCCGCAAACUGCUCCAGAUUCUAUGGAUGGCGUAGAGAUUGAAGCAUCUGAAAAUGUGAACCCUGCUACCGAUAUUCCAUCCGAGGAACGACCUAGAGUUACGACAGUGAUUCGGGGAACAACAUUCGACAUAACAGAUUUAGGUAUUGACGCAGAUUUUCUAGCUGAACUACCAGAAGAAAUACGAGAGGAAGUCAUUAUGUCUGCGGUAGCUGAGCGUCGAUCCCAAGCCGCCGCUACGGGUGCCCAGCCUUCAGAUAUCGACGAAGAAUUUUUAAACGCCUUGCCAGAUGAUAUAAGGGACGAGAUAAUUCAGCAAGAGCGACAAGAUAGACGUCGCCGUGAACGAGAAGAGCGUAAUCGUCAAGCUACUGCAGCGAAUGGAGGGACCGCCGUGGGAGAUAUGGACGCCGCUACGAUUCUAGCUACUCUGGAUCCAGCAUUCCGGAACCAAAUCCUUAUGGAACAAGAUGAUGCGACGCUUGCUCUCUUGCCACCUGAGCUAGCAAAUCAGGCUCGUGCCGCGCUCAGAGAUCAUUCUGGACAUAUGAGACUUCCUAACAACUCUGUUUUACGCCGUGCAGCCGCUGGCUUUCCACCUUAUAUUGUUGAGACCCCCGAACCGAAUACGCACAGACCAGCACGUCGACCUAUGGUUCAAAUGCUAGAUAAGCCUGGUAUUGCAACUCUCCUCCGACUGAUGUUCAUAUUUCAACAUGGUAGUCUUCGAAGUACUUUAAACGCUGUCCUGCAAAACGUGACGAUGAAUAGAAUGAAUCGUCAGGAGCUUCUCGGCUCCAUACUUCACAUUCUUCAGGAUGGAAGCAUCGAUAUGAUGGCAGUCGAACGUAGCUUUGCUCAACUCUCGUUAAGAGCCAAACAACCCAAAGAUGUUCAGCCGAAGUUAGUACAGCCGCUGAAGCGAACACAUACUGGUACCAAUUCAGUAACUCAAGCCAAUUUCGAGGCAUCUCCUCUUAUGGUCGUCUCGCAGUGUCUCUCUACGCUUGUUUUCCUGAGCCAAUUCAAUCAACACAUACCGGCUUUCUUCUUAAUUGAGCACGAUGUGGUUGGAGGUCUUAAGCGUUCCAUAAGCCGCAAAGGUAAAGGUAAAGAGAAUAAGGCAUCCAAGUAUGCAAUAAACUCGUUACUAGGUCUUCUUGAUCGAGAGCAAAUCAUGGAGAGCUCCUCUGUAAUGGAAUCGCUGUCCACUCUCCUAAAUAUGAUAACCUCACCCCUCCAGGUUCUCCAGCGUAAACAAAAAGAAGCUGGUGACUUGGUACCCGAGGCAACCCCAUCUCUAAAUGGUACUACCAGAUCUAUAAAUUCACCAGAAAUACUUGCAAAUAAUGACCAGGCUCCAACGGCUUCUAUCGAAGUGAGUAUUAACGAUACAGUAAAUACCAGUCAAGGCUCUAUCAUACAGGCUAAUGCCAAUCUUCCUCCGGGCGGGGAUGCUACUGUACCCGUUGAUGAACUUAAAUCUAAGUCUGAUCAUCAGAAAGAUGCGGAAAAGAAACAACGUCCCAUCACACCACCAGUUAUUCCAGAGUACAACCUCCAAUUAGUCAUCAAUAUCUUCGUCGCUCGUGAGUGCUCAUCAAAGACAUUUAGGGAGACUCUUUCCACAAUCAAAAAUCUUUCAGCGAUACCUGACGCAAAGACUGUCUUUGGACGCGAACUAAUAGCUAAAGCACAAUCUCUCGGUGAAAUUAUACUCAUUGACCUAGAAGAACUUCUUCCUAAAAUUGAAAAGGCCACUACUGGUACAGAAAUUCAGGGCGUUGCACUUGCAAAAUUUUCACCAGGCGGUUCUGACCAGAACAAACUUCUUCGGGUUCUAACAGCUUUAGAUCAUCUUUUUGAUCCAAAGAGAGAAAAGAGAGAUAAGACUGAUAAGACACAAACAGAGCAUGAAUCAUCCCAGCUAGUUGUAAAGCAAGAUCUGCUCGCAUCUCUUUAUGAGAACUCAACGUUUGGUAGAAUGUGGUAUAUGUUGAGUACCUGUUUGAAUGCUAUUCGGCAACGCGAACAUAUGCUUAAUAUUGCUACUAUCCUGCUUCCAUUGAUAGAGGCUUUAAUGGUUGUUUGUAAAAACACAACGCUCAAAGAUUCAAGCUCUUCUAAAACUCAACUAGUUAGAGAGCUGGUUUUGACUAGUCCUGCUCCUGAUUCCCGCAUGGAAAAUCUUUUUUUUACUUUCACCGAAGAACAUCGCAAAAUUUUGAAUGACCUCGUCCGCAAUACUCCAAAAUUGAUGUCUGGCACUUUUUCUCUUUUAGUGAAGAAUCCAAAGGUUCUCGAAUUCGAUAACAAGCGCAAUUAUUUCAAUAGGAGCAUUCAUGCAAAGGCUUCAAACGUCCGGGAAACAUUCCCUCCUCUACAACUCUCUGUACGACGUGACUUAGUAUUUCAUGACUCAUUCAAAUCGCUAUAUUUUCAAAGUGGUGAUCAAAUGAAAUAUGGCAAGCUUAGUAUUCGUUUUCACGGCGAGGAAGGUGUUGAUGCAGGUGGAGUCACUCGUGAAUGGUUCCAGGUUCUCUCCAGACAAAUGUUCGAUCCAGGAUAUGCUCUGUUUAUUCCAGUUUCUUCUGAUCGCACCACCUUCCAUCCCAACCAACUCAGCAGUGUUAAUGAGGAGCACCUCAUGUUUUUCAAGUUCAUCGGCCGUAUCAUUGGAAAGGCGCUUUACGAAGGUCGUGUUUUAGACUGUCAUUUCUCACGUGCCGUCUACAAGAGAAUCCUCGGAAAGUCUGUAUCUGUGAAAGAUAUGGAAUCUCUCGAUCCUGAUUACUACAAAUCCCUUGUUUGGAUGCUUGAGAAUGAUAUUACUGAUAUAAUCACUGAGACCUUCUCUGUUGAUAACGACAAGUUUGGUGUAAAUGAGACUAUAGAUUUCAUUCCAAACGGUCGUAAUAUCCCUGUAACUGAGGAAAAUAAGCAUGAAUAUGUUCGCCUGAUGGUUGAAUGGAAACUAACUGGCUCUGUAAAAGAACAAUUAGAUGAAUUUCUUAAAGGAUUCCAUGAUAUUAUUCCAGCAGAUCUCGUUGCCAUAUUCAAUGAGCAGGAACUCGAACUGUUGAUUUCAGGCUUACCUGAGAUUGAUGUCGAUGACUGGAAAGGAAAUACAGAGUAUCACAAUUAUUCAACCUCCUCUGCUCAGAUUCAGUGGUUCUGGCGUGCAGUCCGAUCAUUUGACAAAGAAGAGCGAGCCAAAUUGCUCCAAUUCGUCACCGGUACAAGUAAAGUCCCUCUUAAUGGCUUUAAAGAACUAGAGGGUAUGAACGGGUUCAGCAGAUUUAAUAUACAUCGCGACUAUGGAAAUAAAGAUAGACUUCCAAGCUCACAUACUUGCUUUAACCAACUUGAUAUACCUGAAUAUGAGAGCUAUGAGAUUCUUCGCCAACAACUCCUCACAGCUAUAACCGCUGGAAGCGAGUACUUUGGCUUCGCUUAA